CAAAAUUCUGACAUGAAUCAGAAUUGAAGAUCCAUUUGUUCUCAAGAAUACGCCUUUCUUUGUUAUCUUCCUCUCUCGCUUUCGAUUCUGUACACCACAGGGGCAAGAAUCAACAAUGCUGGCCAAUGGUAGAGAUUUCGAUAUCCGGUCGCCUUCCGCGUCCAUAUUCGGAAUUGGUGACUAUACGUUCGCUAAAGAGGAUAAUUUGGAUCAUUGCAUGAAGUAUCUUAAUCAGACACUUGUCACCUUCGGUUUUCCUGCGUCGCUUGAUCUGUUUGCAAAUGACCCAGUCUCAAUUGCCCGCACCUGUAACUGUAUGUACGCCCUGAUGCAACAGAGACAGCGUGAUAUUGAUUUCAGAGACACCUCCAAUGAACAUAGACAAAGAUUACUAUCUGACAUAUCGAGACUAGAAGCUAAGGUAGAGAGGCUUGAAUCUGAUUUAGCUGCAAAAGAUAGGGAGAUUGGUACUCUAACUCGAAAGGAAGCUAAAGCUACUGCAACUUUCAAGGCUCAGAUUGAGAAGUUGCAGCAGGAAAAAGAAGAGUUUCAACGAAUGGUUAUUGGAAAUCAGCAAGUGAAAACUCAGCAAAUACAUGAGAUGAAGAAAAAAGAAAAGGAAUAUAUAAAGUUACAGGAGAAGCUGAACCAAGUUGUGAUGGAGAAAAAGAAGGAAUCUAAAUCUGGCAUGGAAAUAAUGAAUUUACUUCAGAAAGAAGGACGACAACGUGGUACGUGGAAUGGAAAGAAGGCUGAUACCGAUUUCCACAAGAAAAUUGUAGAUGCUUAUGAGGCAAAGAAUCAAGAACUAGUAGCAGAGAAUGCAGACCUUAAAGCCUUAUUACGUUCUACACAGGCGGAUAUGCGUGAUUUCUUAAAUGAUCCUAAUGGGUUAUUAUCAAAGAAGUCUCUCCCUGUCAAUGAAAGAUUGGGCCCUGAGCCAUCAAACUCCCCAAUGGGUGGAAGGACAGAUGUGUUUGAUCUGCCAUUUCACAUGGCUCGGGAUCAAAUAGAAGAGAACCUUCGCGCAAAGAUGGCUUCGAUUAAGGGACGUAUGGUUCAGCUACAAGAUACAAAUCAGGAAGCUGAUGUCACUCCAGAAGCAACUGAAAAGGAGCUUGAACUUGAAGCUCAACUGGUUGAAGCAAGGAGCAUAAUUCAAGAGCAGGCCUCCAUAAUGUCUAAACAUCGGUCCAAGUCUGAGAAACCAAGGAGGCUGUCCUUAAGUUCGGAAAGGGAGCUAAACAUGCCAUAACCGGCUAACUGAAUUGUUCUGAAAAACGGAUUUCUGCUGGCACUGUGAUAGUCAUCGAAAUUCAGCAUAUCAGGUAAGAGGUGAACAUGAUUCUACUAGUCAUUUAAUGGUAGGAAGUUAGUGCAUUUGUAUCUGUAAAGUGAUGUGGUUAGACAACAUCAAACAAAAUAGAUGAUAUUCAGGUUCUGUUUUAAAAUUGUUCAAUAGUUAU